UGAUUUCACACUGAACCUGUCUUAUUUAUUGUUAAUUUAAUCGAUAAAUUAAGGCUAGUAAUUAUCUAAAAUAAUUUAUCCAGAAUUCUUUAAAGAAAUAUCCUAAUGUUAAUAAUUCUGAAGACAACUGAAAUAUCAGCCAAGGGAGAUAAUUUCAGACACCGGAAGUUCCCUUGACAAUUUUGUUUGGAAAUAUUCGAGCCAGCAGCCAGCCAUAGUUGGGAGCACUUGCCAUGGCUCCCGACCAGGGUUCCCGUGAAUACUACUUCAGAAAAUGGAAGAAAAUGAAAAAAGAUAUUAAAGAUACAAUAUUUGUGAAUGCAGCUAUAUGUGAUGAGGUGGUCAGAAUAGAGGAAAAAGUUUUACAAGUGAAGGAGGAACGAAGGUUUCUACUCCAUAAGCUUCUCCAGUUCCAGUCUAUGACUGACCCAGCAUUAGCCAACGUUAAGAUGCCAGUUACUACAACUACUACAACCACCACUACAUACCCAACUAUACUCAAAGUGCCCACCGCUGUUCCUACUCCUCAGCAAGCUCCUGCCGAACCAUCUGCAGCACCAGCAGUGCCUGCCAAGCCAAAAGUGAAAAAGAAACUCACCGAAAGAAAGAAAACAGUUACAGAGUUACUUGAAGAGAAAUCCAAACCUAAAAAGGCCAAAACACAAGCCAGUAGCAAAAAGAUAGUGCCACCAAUUCCUCUAGAUCCUUUAGGACGACCCGUUUUCCCAUUAUCCAUUGGAGACUUGACAAUUCACAGCCUUGGUGAAAUUGUUCCUGAUCGACCAAAUUUCCAUACUGAGGAACAUAUUUACCCCAUUGGUUUCUGCAGUACCCGAUUGUACGUAAGCACACGGCAUCCAGAUCAGAAGUGUCUUUAUACUUGUAGUAUAUCAGAUGGUGGAAAUGGUCCACUUUUUGAAAUAUCUGCUGAUGACCAAAAACAAAUUUUGUGCCACCGAGAUCCCUCAGAAUGUCACAGCAAAUUACUACAAUUAAUUAAUCAAUCACGGGGUUAUGACCUUGUGGCCACUCAUGGUGCUGGUCCGGAGUUUUUUGGGUUGUCACACCCGAUUGUACAGAACCUUAUCCAGAGCUGUCCUGGUGCACGGAAAUGUUCCCUUUAUAAAUGGAUCAAGUUUGAAGUUAGCAAGACUGAAAACAUCUGCAGUUCGAUUACUACUGAAGAUGACCCCACCAUCUCGGUAGAAGCUCUUCGAUCACUGCAGUCAGUUUCUCAAGGAAGCAAAUUUCAGACUUGAAGCCAUUGAAAAGAACUUUCCGAUAGAUACAUACAUACAUAAGUAUUUAUGUGGUGCUGAGUCAAUUCCACAGGCAGUAUGCAGAAAUAUAAAAUUGACAGAUGUUCCAACUGAAGAUAAAAAUCAUAAAUAAUCAUAAUAAUCAUAAUGAUAAUAAUAAUAAUAAUAAUAAUAAUGAAAAUCAUUUCAGAUCUCAAAACAUUUUGCUUUUAUAUCAUUAUUUUCUAAAACUGCAAGAGAACAAACAAACCUAACUGUAAUAUUGGAGCCUGGUGCAGCUGCUGGCUCUCCAAACCUCAGUCAAACCGUCCAACCCAUGCCAGCAUGGAAAACGGACGUUAAACGAUGAUGAUGAUGAUGAUGAAUUCAUGUAUAUUUUAUAUAUUUUAUAUUCUGUGUUUUUUUAAUGUCAGAUACUUUAUAUCUAUAAACUUAAUCUUUCCUUGUG